UAUAUUUAUAUAUUUUUCAUUCAAUGGUUCGAGUCUUUUAAAAUGUUCGAACACUUUCAUGCUCCUUGCUUCUAUCUAGGUGCAUGCGUUUUUUAGAAGAGAGUGAGAGCUAGGAUUCUGAUUGGUUGAAAGAGCUUAUUGUUAAUACAAGGAAAACAUUUGCUGUAUUUGAGUUGAUUCUCUUGCCUAUUGAAUAUGUAGAGUAAAUGGACAAACUAAUUGUGUCUUAUGUCAAAUUUUUCUCUGUACCUGUCACUUAUUUGCUUAGGUAAUUUUUCUCUGCUUCAUCUUUCACUAUUUGUAGUAAGUAUGUUGUCUGCCAAAUAUUUAUCUUCUACUCCAUUCAAUUUUCCAUUAAUAAAGUGGCUCUGAAGUCUUAAGUAUAAAUCUUUAUGUUUCUUUUCUGGUAGAACCAUGUGACCAGCUGAAGGUUUAUCACGGCUAUCUGGCUAGUUCUUAUAAUACUGGGAUUCUUUCUGGAUUUGUGUUCAUUUCUUCUUACAUGGAAAGUGUGGCAUCUAGUAAGACAUCAGCUAAAGCAGUUGUAAUUGGUCUUGGAGCUGGUUUGCUCCUUAUGUUCCUUCAUGGAUGCAUGCUCUUUUUGCACAUUGAGGUGGUGGAGCUAGAUCCAGUGGUUCUUGAUCUUGCAAAGGGCUACUUUGGUUUUACUGAAGAAGAUCAUUUGCAGGUACAUAUUGCAGAUGGUAUCCAAUUUAUUAGAGACAGUAAAAGCUGUGCAUCAGCUAAUGUGGUUUCUAUUCCUGGAAAUAAUAAUGUUGAUGCUGCUUCUAAUGGAAUUUGCACGACAUUUCUCGAAGAAGGCGGUGUGAAUACAAAGGUGGUCAUAAUCAUCAUUGAUGUGGAAUCUGCAGAUUCAAGGUAAAUUGAUAGAUGUGUUAUGUAUGUUGUAUUUAAUACAUCCCUAUUACAUAAGUUCAAAUUGACUACAAGGAACAUAUUCCAAUGAGAUUAUUUGUUUUGCAUAGCUCUGGUAUGACUUGCCCUGCUGUGGAUUUUGUGGAAGACUCGUUUUUGCAGACUGUAAAGAAGAAUCUUUCUGCAAAUGGUCUACUUGUUAUUAAUUUGGUUGCACAGUCCUAAGCUAUCAAGGACCAAGUUAUUUCCAUAGUCUUUUUCUUGAAUUAAUUUGUGAUGCUAGAUAAUAACAAUAAAAUAUUUCUUUGUUUAUUUUGCAGAUGUGACAAGCAAAAUAGAAAAGGAUACUUAAUUUUGAAGGCUUUGUGUUGGGUAGCUGUAGAAUAUUUUGUGCUGAAAGUAGUAACUUUUCAAUAUGUUGAAUAUUUAAGACUACUUGAAUACUUAAAGAACAUUUUGUUGUUGAUGACAAUGUUGAAUGUUUUAAACUAAUUUGUGGAUUGUU